CAUCAGAAAUCCCAAUAAACUGAGACGCCAGAAAGGCACAAAAAAUGGACUCAGAUCAAAGGUUCUCCCUGCUCAUGCCUCGUUGACCAAAAGCAUUCUCAACAGAAGCUCCUAUGAAUUUCCAGAAAAUAAAGACCAGAGCGAAUUUUGUCAAUAAAACGAAAUGACUAAAGGUUCCAUCAGUGACAGUCAUGGGCAAAAAAACCAAACAAACAAAAAAUAAAAAGCCCCAAGACAUAAUAUGAACAGUAAAGUAAUUCAUAAAAUUCACGUGAGAUGUUUCAAAAACAAGGGAACUUUUCAACAUGGGAGGGAGAAACGAUGGUUAUGAUUCAAUGAUUUUUAAAACAAAUAUAUCCGAACAAUCAAAUGCAAUGCGUCUGCGUGAAUCGCAGAGAUUAAAUCAAAACCUCAAAAAGUGAUGAUUACAUCCUCCGGACGAGCCCACGUGCAGCGCGGCUGCGGCGGCAGAGGCCAGGAGACAGGCGACAGGCAGGGAGUCCGCCUGCCGGGAACAAAGAAGGCACGAGGUCUGUGUUCCCGCGAUACGAUUUUUCAGUUCGCGCGGACCGGGUUGGAAGCUGCCGGUGCACCCACCGGAAGUGUCCGGCUUGGCUGCCGGGACGAGAAAGAGGUAGGAACCUAUAGUAACAGGAAGUGGGGGUGACACGGAACGAAAAAAAGUGAGCACCUCCCUGUAAAGAGCACCGUGCCGGCUCCUGGCCUCGAGCCCGAAAAGAAGCGAUACUGGGGCGGUUCUGGCACCGUUUUGGGGGGUAAAAGGUGCAAUGGAAGAGCCUGCAGCUCCCGAAGAACCCCAGGAAGAAGCCGGUGCCGUAGGAGGUGCCCAGGAGGCAGGUGAGGGUGCUCCGAGGCCCGGCCACCGGACACGCCCGGUUACCCGGCAUCCCACGGCUGCAGGCCCGGCCCCCUUCCGCACGGCACGUCUCAGGCCUGCCUAUGCUUCCGGGGGCGGGGCUGUGCCCAGGUUUCUGCCCGGCCCGCGCCGCAGUGGCAGCUGGACAAAGCAAGUCGUCUGCAGGUAUUAUCUGCAUGGGCUGUGCAAGGAGGGGGAGAACUGUCGCUACUCCCACGACCUUUCGGGCCGGCAGGAGGCCAGGGAGGGCCGCGGGUCGCCGCCUGGGGCCUCCGCAGAGCCAGGCCCCAGCGCGGCUGCGCAGGACGAGCCCCUGCCUCAGGAAGUGGCGUGCGCCCCUCCUGCGUCCUCACGCUCCUUGCCUGCGAUUGGCUCGGCUGCUGAAGGGGGCUUCUUUGAAGCCGAGAGCGAAGGCGCAGGCCUGGAAGCUGCGCAGGGAGCGGGUGCGGAAGGCUGGGCGGGCGCGGCGGCAGCGGCGCCAAGCUGGGCGGAUGCCGUUGAGUUUGUUCCCGGGCAGCCUUACCGGGGCCGGGGAACCGUUUUUGCCCCCGAAGCUGCUCCGCAGAGCUCGGUGCCUGAGUGGGAGUACGUUGCUCUGGGCACGGGGACGCAGCUUUGCCGCGAUGCUGCCAUGGGGCAGUGCUUUCGUGGGGAGAGCUGUGCGUAUCUCCACGGAGAGAUAUGCGACUUGUGUGGGCGGCAGGUCUUGCACCCGAUGGAUGCUGACCAGCGGGCAGACCACAUAAGAGCCUGCAUUGAAAUGCACGAAAGAGAUAUGGAACACUCGUUUGCCGUGCAGCGCAGCAAGGACAAAGUGUGUGGCAUCUGCAUGGAGGUUAUCUAUGAGAAAGCCAACCCCAAUGACUGCCGCUUUGGCAUCCUCUCCAACUGCAACCACUCCUUCUGUCUUAAGUGCAUCCGCAGGUGGAGGACUGCCAGAGAGUUUAGGAACAGGCUUAUCAAAUCCUGCCCGGAGUGCAGGGUCACCUCCAACCUUGUCAUUCCCAGUGAGUUCUGGGUGGAGGAGGAACAAGAGAAGGAGGAACUUAUUCGGAAGUACAAGGCGACCCUGAGAACCAAGACCUGCAGGUAUCAUAUUCCAGGCAGGGGUUGCUGUCCCUUUGGAGCGACCUGUCUUUACAAGCAUGCAGAUCCUGAGGGCCAGGGAGAGGAGGAGGAGGAGGAGGAGGAGCCUGAGAGGCAGGGGAAUGGGGCAGCCGGCGGUCACCCCAGGAGACCUUCGGAGCCUGAGCAGGUGGGAGAGGGCCGCAUGCUCUUUCAAAGCAGUAAAAAAGAGCUUGUCAUGCUUUGGCUGGCCAGUCUGUUGUUGUUUAAGUGUUUUUUUUCACUGGGAGAUAAGGAGCUUUCCUCAGACACCCAAUGGGACUUGCUCCAUGGGGCGCUGGGAAAAUAUACCCGCUUGAGUCUGUGGCAUUUCGCUGUGGCAUGUGGUGUAGUGUGCUGAGGCUCUGUCAUCGGCCGUUGCCUGUUCCCUGUUUAUAGACACAUCUACCAUGUACGGCAGCUGUCGGAGCCAUUUCUAUAGAUCAUCCAUCCGUUUUCUUGCCCAUCCCCAUUUCUCUCCCCCUAGGAGUGUGGUGUGUCACAAAAGUCACAAAACGUUUUUAAACUUGUUGUUUGGUGAAAUGCAUCAUUGCUGUCAGUUUAUGGUUUAUUUUGUCAUCUCUGUUUUCAACAGGAUUGACUCAGUUCUAGUCUAGUGUUUACAGGAUUUCCACACUCAUUUUGAAGCCCCUCAAGAGUAAAUGGGACAGGGUGAAGGGAGAAGUCUUAACUGAACGAGGAAGUUUUUGCUGCUACAGCUUUAAGAAAUGGACCCUCGGGGGGCCUUGUGCGUGCAGCUGCUCGUCUCCGCUGUUUACAUGUCUGUUCCUUCCCUGAUUCCUUUCAAGUGCACUUUUUAACUUGUGGUGACCUCGUGCGUUUGUGUUUUACUUGACCAGAACCAGGUGUAUAUGUUUACAUGUUUUCAUCCUGCUUAACUUGAUGUGAAAUUAUAUGUGGAAGUAUAUAUUUAAGAAUUAUAUAUAAGCAUAUAUGCGUAUCAGUGAGUAUAAAAGUUAUUUAUCUGAAAACAUAUAAAGGACGUAUAUAUCUCGUAAUGCAGUGUACUGUGUGUGUAAUAAAAUAAAUACAGAACUGGAUGCUAAAGGUCAAAGGCUGGCAGCAUUCACUUUUGUGUGAGUGUGAGAUGAAUGGAUAAUUCGUUGGUUCCUUUCCCAGGCUACCGGGAUUUGCCUUUAAUGAAAAAGGGUGUUCAAGUGGAUCUGGCCAAAUAUGGCACAGACCUUAAAGGGCUUGCCAAGUAGGACACUGGCGAUUUCCCUGAUGGCAUUAACAGCUCACCCUGCUGUUGUAAGUGCAGAAGUGUGCGUGCGUGUGGAGUCCACAGCACGAUUCUGGACUCCGUGCCUUGCAUUCGGUAUUCUCAGUCAUCGCUAGACCAUCCACACAAUGGGCUUUUGACAAGAGUUUUCUGCAUGGAAGUGAAAAGAUCACAAAAGAAAAAUAAAAAUGUUGAAACUAGUCAGAAUACAAGAAUGGAAAGGCAAAAGCCUGAAACCUAGAAAGAACUGAAAACUAAACACAGUAGUGAUGCAGAAAAGCUUAUAACACAAACACACCAUAACUAGGUUAAGUACAAGGGAUUUAAAAUAAAAGUGAAAUAUUUUUCAGUCUUGAUGAUAAUUAAAAUGAAACUGUAUGCUAUUUAAAAUACACAUCUGAAAUACCAGAAUACAGAAACACUAAGAGUGAUAGGAUGGAAAAAUUAAUCAGGCAGGUUCUAUGACUUCUCAGUAGAAUGCAUAUGCAGGGUAAAUGCAUUGUCAGAUAAAUAGGAUGACACAUAAACAUUAAGUUGUAAUUUACCAGGAAGACAAAGCUAUUCCAGUUUUGUAUUUUGAUCACUUAGCAUCAGAUAUACAAAUAAAUAAAUAAUUGAUAAGUAUAGAAAAUACAAAACCUGAGUGACAGAUUUUAAUACAUCUUUUCAAUAAUGGAACAAGGAAAUAAUGUGAGCUAAACAGCCCGGUUUUAACAGUUUCAUGGGCCUGUAUGGAAUGCUGUGUGAAUUCAUUGAAGAGUGCUCUUCUCUGGGCUAAGAUAGCUGAAAAUACAUUGGAGGCCUGCUGACUGUCUGACAGUGUAUUUGCAGAGUUUCUGCCCUGUACUGAGCACUCUGCAAAGCACGAAUUUAAUUUUUCGAACCAGCUUACUAUAAUUUCCCGUGCCAUCCUGAUGAGGUACAUAAGUAGAGAGGUUAAAUUACUUGCCGAUAUCGCUGUGGCCUAUGGAUAUAAAUCAGUGGGACAGUGAAUGGAACUCGGUGUGUGUUCAGGUCACAGUCACGGUGGUCCCACAUAUACACACUCAGCAGAGGGGUGGACACAACCAGCUCCUACAGAGUGUGGGAGCCUCGGGGCAUUAUCGGUGGGCUGUCAGGCUCAGUGUUUCUGGGUCCCCUUCUCAGAAUAUGCCUCGGCCUCUCCUAUUUUGUACACUGCCUCCCCCUGCUACCUGAUUCCUGAUUCUACGUGGAAGUAUCUCCUCCUGCUUUCACUGGGGUCAUUGCCAUAGUCCUUCCCUCCUGAUUCCUCUUAUUCAAAGAGUUCACCCAUCAGGAGGCCCUGGAUGCCUCCAGACAUACAUCCACCUCCAGGGUCAUCCCAAAAACACAGGGUCAGGAGAGCUUACAUGACCAAACCACCCAAGAACAGGACAAGGUGGGGCCACUCAAGAUACACUGACACUAAAGGCUCAGUGAGC